AUGGGCUCUACUGAGAACGGCCACACGACUGGGCGCCGGUUUGGCACCCUUGCGGUCCAUGCUGGUUCCCCUCACGACCCCAGCACCGGUGCCGUCAUUGCUCCGAUCUCCCUUUCCACCACCUUUGCCCAAACCAGUGUCGGCAACCCCGUCGGCCUGUACGAGUACACUCGCAGCGCAAACCCCAACCGGGAUAACUUUGAGCAAGCCGUCGCUGCCCUCGAGCACGCCAAGUAUGCCCUCGCCUUCGCCUCUGGCUCCGCCGCCACCGCGAACAUCCUCCAGUCCCUUGCGGCCGGGUCGCACGUCGUCUCGGUCUCCGACGUGUACGGUGGCACCCACCGCUACUUCACCAAGGUUGCCGCCGCGCACGGCGUGCAUGUGACCUUCACGCCUACGAUUGAGGUGCACAUCGAGGAGCUGAUCCGCCCCGAGACCAAGCUCAUUUGGAUCGAGACCCCGUCCAACCCGACCCUCGGCCUGGUCGACAUUCGCGCCGUCGUCGACAUUGCCCACCGCCACGGCAUUCUGGUCGUCGUCGACAACACCUUCAUGAGCCCCUAUGUGCAGAACCCGCUGGACCACGGCGCGGACAUCGUCGUGCACUCCGUCACCAAGUACAUCAACGGCCACUCCGACGUCUGCAUGGGCGUCGCCGCCUUCAACUCCGAGUCCCUGAAGGAGCGCCUCUCCUUCCUCCAGAACGCCAUCGGCGCCAUUCCCUCCCCCUUCGACUGCUGGCUCGCUCACCGCGGUCUCAAGACCCUGCACCUGCGCGCUCGCGAGGCCACCACCAACGCUACCGCCGUCGCGCUCGCUCUCGAGGCCUCCCCGCACGUCAUCUCCGUUAACUACCCCGGUAUCGACUCGCACCCGCACCGCAAGAUUGCCAUCAAGCAGCACCGCAAUGGCAUGGGCGGUGGCAUGCUGAGCUUCCGCAUCAAGGGUGGCCAGGCGGCUGCCCACGAUUUCUGCAAGUACACGAAGGUCUUCACCCUCGCGGAGAGUCUAGGUGGCGUCGAGUCGCUCUGCGAAGUCCCCUCCAGCAUGACCCAUGCCGGUAUCCCCAAGGAUCAGCGUGAGGCUGCUGGUGUGUUUGAUGACCUUGUGCGCAUGAGCUGUGGCGUGGAGGAUGCUGAGGAUCUGACGGAGGAUGUUCUCCAGGCGCUGGAGAAGACUGUGGCUGCGUCCAACGGCAGCGCAUAG